UCUCCGACAAGCAGAGAGUUUCUCUUGCUUAUCGUAGAUUAACGGAGACAGCCGAGCGUCUGGUGAACGUGAUUAGAGUUCAAUAUUGCUUGAAUCCAUACUAUUUCUUUGAAAUAUUGAUUACUGAUACGUAGUUUGAUGGAAUUAAUUCUUUGAAUAUUACACAACAUGAUUCAUAUGGGGUUUUCGUGAAAUUCUUGUCGGAGAAUAAUUCUUAUUUUAAAAAAUGUGCAUAAUUCAAGUACAUAUAAGAAACUACUUGCCAUGCAAAAUAAUAUAUUGUUGAUUCUAAAAUAAAUAAUAAUCGAUAAAAUCAACUCCCGUCAGUUCUUCAGUACUUUGAUUAAUGAAAGGGACUGGUCCAUUUCCGGUUAAUGAGGAAGGAACACCUUCUGACAGAGAAGAUGAUGUUGGUGGACAGUUGGCCGAACUUCUCUGUUCUCGUUAUCAUAAAGAGACAGAUGAGAGAGACUUGGUUAUCUGUGUGUUUCUGCAAAGAUCCAGAAUUUGCAGCCAACCUGGAUACUAUUCUUCAGUUUGCCUCCAGAGACACAUCACUACCUCUAUAUAUUAUUGGAUGUACCCCUGACGUUAUGGACGCCCUAAUCAAUUUUAACCAGUCAGCAACUAGUUGCCCUUUUCGACGACUGUGUCCCGAUGUCAUGGUAUAUACACUGCCCGCUGAAAAUAUUGUUCCUCUAACAAUUCCAGACGGAUUCAAAAUAACUGAAUUAAGUAAUAUCCAUACAGAAAAUGUUCACAAGUCAUGGCCUUAUGCAACCAAGGAAGAGUGGAUCAAUUACCAAAUCACUCAUUUCCCAUCAGUAUUGAUUGAAACAGAGGACGGACGCCCCGUGGCCUGGGAGGUUCAGCAUGAAUACGGCGCCGUAGGAGCGUUACAUGUAGAACCGGAAUACCGGAGAAGUAAAUUAGGAAGUGUCGUCACAAGAAACCUGGCGGAAAAAAUGACCAAGGACGGACAACUCGUGUUUGCUUUAGUUGAGGAAAGUAACUCCAUUUCGAUUGCAUUUCAUGAGAAUAAUGGAUAUGUACGCAUGCCUUUUAAAUUUUCGUGCAUGGGAUUUUGUAUGGAGGCAAAGAAGAAAAAGGAAAUGUAGAGACUACUUUGAUUAAAAACGAAAUAAUCUGUAGUAAGUUUUCUUAUACAAGACAGUGAAAAGCACAAAAUCUAAAGUAUAUCAUUGACUUUAUUCUUCAAAUAUAUCUGUGUUAUGAAUUGCUUCUGUAUGAUUGAAGGGAAUAAUGUUACAUGUAUGUGCUUAUAAAUAUGAUAUUUUAUAGUAAAUUCAACUAUUUAAAUGUAAUAAUGUAUAUAUGCUAAAAAUGUACCACGUAUGCUAUCACAAACCUGCGCAUAUAUGUACAACUGAUACGCUCCAAGUGUUUAAUUAAAGUGCACGAGUGACUUGGAAAGGGAAGGCAUGAACAUGUUUAUUUCAUUCAGAACCCAUUUCGAUAAUUGUUGACAUCAUAGUUUUUCAUUUUGCAUUUAUCACAUCUUACUAUGCAACUGUCUGUUGAUUAAAUUUUAUACUAAAUUUACGUUUUCCUAAAAAAAAAAAUCAGGUUUA